GGAGGAGGAGGAGAGGCGGGUGUCAGAGGGGCGGCGAGCGCUUGGCGGCUCCUGAGGGGGAGGUCGAGCCUCCCCGCUCGCAACGUCUUCGCCCUGAGGGCACCGCUGGCCGCCGCUUCCCGCGGCUGAGGACCUCCGCGCUCUCCCCGCUGCUGUUCGGCCUCCUCGAUGCGCGGAGGCAGGAAGCGGCGGCGGCCACGACGACGCGGGCUUCCUUCGCUGCCUGCGCGCUCCGGGCGGCCAGCGGCAAGCCAGCAGUCGGCCGGCUGCCUCUAAAUCUGCCUGUCUGCCUGCCUGCCCGCUCCCAGCUCCUGCGCCCUCGCCUUCCUCCCCGCCUCUCCCGGCCAACGGUGCUCGCGAGCAAACUGUCUUCAUGAGCCCCGAGGAUGUCCGGGAAGCAUUAUAAAGGCCCCGAAGUGAGCUGCUGCAUUAAGUAUUUCAUCUUCGGCUUCAACGUCAUCUUCUGGUUCCUGGGCAUAGCAUUUCUUGGAAUUGGACUUUGGGCAUGGAAUGAAAAAGGAGUGCUGUCCAACAUCUCUUCCAUUACUGACCUGGGUGGCUUUGAUCCAGUUUGGCUCUUCCUUGUGGUUGGAGGAGUGAUGUUCAUAUUGGGCUUUGCAGGAUGCAUCGGUGCUCUGCGGGAGAAUACUUUCCUUCUCAAGUUUUUCUCCGUCUUCCUUGGAAUAAUCUUCUUCCUGGAACUCACAGCGGGAGUUCUGGCAUUUGUUUUCAAAGACUGGAUCAAAGACCAGCUGUAUUUCUUUAUCAACAACAAUAUCCGAGCAUACAGAGAUGACAUUGAUUUGCAAAACCUCAUAGACUUUACCCAAGAAUAUUGGCAGUGCUGUGGGGCCUUUGGGGCUGAUGACUGGAACCUCAACAUUUACUUCAAUUGCACAGACUCCAAUGCUAGUCGAGAACGGUGUGGAGUGCCUUUCUCUUGCUGCACUAAAGAUCCUGCUGAAGAUGUCAUUAAUACUCAGUGUGGUUAUGAUGCCCGACAAAAACCAGAAGUUGAUCAACAGCUUGUUAUUUACACAAAAGGUUGCGUCCCACAGUUUGAAAAAUGGCUGCAGGAUAACUUAACCAUAGUGGCCGGCAUAUUCAUUGGAAUUGCAUUAUUACAGAUAUUUGGCAUAUGCUUGGCUCAAAACCUGGUUAGUGAUAUUGAAGCUGUCCGAGCCAGCUGGUAAAACUCUUUAACGUAAGCUACGCAAGAGCUUGUGGGUAACCACAGUUCUCAGAAAGCUCCAUGCGACCCACAUGGACUCAGAGCUAUGUGAAAAUGGGGAACAGAGAAGUUUUAAGUUCUCAACUGAUGAGAGCACCACACCUUUGUUUAUUCCAGAACGAGUAGCUCCAGCCACCUAGUUGUGAUGAAUGCUAUUAAAACCGCCAGUCCAAAAUGUACUGAGCCACGAGUCUCUACUGUAUCCUUGACUGAGUAAACUGGAGGAUAUUUCUUCCGUUUCUUGUGUUUGUGUGUGUGUGUGGGGGGGGAGUGGUCUGUGUCAAUGGAACCUCAGUAGAUGCAUCCUUUUGUUGUAUGUGUUGCAGCAGAUCCUCAAUGAUGCAAUUUCCUUUUGCCAUUAAAGAAGAGACCAAGAGACCUAUUGUUUCUUUGGAAAGAAAUCCCGCGAAGAGGCAACUACUUAUCUACUUCUCAUAGGCUUUGUUUUCUGGCAAAAAAAUCAUCACUCUUCCACAGGAAAUUCAGUUUCUGUUCUAUUACGUCCUCUGUCGAAUAACAACAGCUUUAAUUAUUUUCCAACCUCUUGCAAUCUUUUUUUCAUUGGACUGUGGAAUCAGCAAACUUCAGGAAAGACAUAAAAUAGAGAUAAUUCUCCAUCUGUACUAGUUGCUAGCAAUAUGUACAUGAAGAGAUGAAGAUAUUCCUGCUGGGUGGUUUGAUGAUGAGAUUGACAAAUGCGAUGAACUUAGAAGCAGAAACAAGCACAGUGUAUUCAGUUUCAUGGAUAAAAUGAAUUGUAAAGAAACAAAUCUGUUUGGAAUAGUUUUUGAUAUCUUUACUUCAUGUAGUAGGGCAAAUGCUUUUUGUCACAUAACCCUUCCUAAGUAUAUCUUAUGCCCUCUUCCUCGAGUUGGUAUAAACUUUUUAAAAUUGCUACUUGUUUUUAAUUUGCUCGAUUUGAGUGGGCUUCCAGUUCCAACAAAUGCUGACCAAUUUGCAUUCUUUGGUUUGUGUUUUGUGCUGACUUCGUUACCACUUAGUUGCCAUUGCAUUUCCUUUUCUGUCUAGUUAAAAUAGAAUCCUUAAUUAAAUAUGUAUCUCUCCCUCAUUUUUCAAGCAGGAGCAACAUUUGAACAGCAAUAGUGUGUGUGCUUGUGUAUUUCAAUGAGUGCAUUGUGCGUUAUUUUCAGUAAAUGCAUGAGCAUCUAGGUUUUUUUGUCAGGGGUGUUCAAUCUUGGCUACUUUAUGAGUUGUGGACUUCAACUCUCAGAAUUCCCAGCCACCUCUGGCUGGGGAAUUCUGGGAGUUGAAGUCCACAAGUUUUGAAAUUGCCAAGGUUGGACACCUCUGUUUUAGGUGUUUAUGUAUAUUUAAGUACAAUGCUGCUUCUGUGAAAAACAAACUGAAUUUGGCUGUCAAAGUUAUGAGUUUGGGCUUAAUCCCACUCUUUUUUUCAGGGUUGGCAGUGGAGAAAUGACAAUCCUUUCAAAUUUGGCAGUGAUUGAAAAUUAUUGCUAAAUGAAGUAGAACGUGGAAAAGAUAAAUAUUUGGGUUCUACUGGUGUGCAGUAGCUAUUUAGAAACAUUAAUUUCCCCAACCUGGUGUCACCAGAAGUGUUAGGGAUACAAUUCCAAGAAUUCACAGCUAGCAUUGAUAGGCACCAGGUGGAGGAAUGUUGCCCUAAUUUGAGAAGGAAAAUAAGUAAAUGCAUAAAUGUCUUGUUCAACACUCCAGUUUUGUACCCAGGGCUAAACAUUCUAACUGCAUCUAGUAUGACUUCACACAACGUUUUGUCUGGGGAACUGAGUUCUGAUCAGGCUUCCAGAAUGGGUAACUGAGGUUCAUUUACACAAACAGAACUCUGCAAGUUAUAUUUGUGUUAGUCUCAUUCAGUGAAUAGAUUCUUGUUAGUUUUUAGUCAAUGAAUUGAUUAAGUGAAGGAAACAAACAAUGCAGAAUAAAACAUACAGUUUUAUGAAAAUUGAAUGAAUUCUUAUGAGUCUCUAGUACUUAAAUAGCUUAGUUGUAGUACAUUCCAGAAACCAAACAUGAAAGAUGCUGAUGUAAGAUGUACUGAAUAAACAUUCCUUCUUUUUGCUGCUGUUGUACAUUUCUGAAAAAUUUCCAUGUUUUUGCUUAGGUAUAAUAAUGCUAUAGUAAAGAUGCUUAACUUGUUUUCCAUUUUUCUUUUUCAAAUAUUUUUUUUCUUCCAUUACCAAGCUGUUUUAUAACUGAUCAAUGGGUAGACCAUCAUUUUAUGAUAUGGUUUUCUUAUUAAUGAAACAAAGCUAUGUGUGGUUAGGCAUAUCAUUCUAUCUUUUGGUAAAAGAUGUUGAAAUAUCUUACUGACUGUACAGCAUUAAGAGGUUGUUUUCUUGGUCCCAGUGGUGAAUAAGCUUAAUAACAUUUUUAUAUAUAGAGAAAAAUGGCAAUCAUUUUGUUUGCAUACAAAGCAUGUUUAUUUCUUGGAGUCCUGCAGGAAAUCAGGAUCUCUUAUUUUUUUAAACUAGUUCCCUUACUUUGUCUUGGUUGUGUCCCUAGGUGCAAAUAGAUAAUGUAAUUUUAAUGAUCGGGUAUGUAUUUGCCUUCUAUUUGCCUAUGCAUGAUUAAAAUUCACAUAUUUCUUCCAGAAUCCACAUUUGCUUUUAAAACAAGGGUGAGCUUGAGAGAGUUUUCAAAUAACUUUCUCAUAGCAAAUGCUCAUUCCAAAAGGUAAUGGAAAACAUUUUGAAUGUGAAAUGUUUAGAGAUAGAAAUCGAUUAUUAUGAUCUUACCAAAAAGGUUCAGAGCUGAAAAUGAUCCCAUUUCAAGCAUGAAACAUCCUGAUUUUUUUUUAGCUUAAAAUAUUUUGAAUUAGAAAUGUUCUACACACUUCUAUCCCCCAGAGUCAAACAUUAACCUCAGAGAUGCUCCAUCUGGCAAAUAGAAUUUAAUUAAUAAUAGGCCCUAACUAAUGUAAAGCUACAGUCUUUGUAUCAUGGAAAUUUUACAACGGUAACGUGAAGUUUUUUGAAGUCAUAAAAUAGGUGCCAAUUAUAUGUCUAUUGAGAGUGUUGAAAUAUGAUAGGUAGUCCUCAAAAGUAUGACAAUAAUGGAGCCUGCCCAUUACAGUUGUAUGUUUUGGCAGGCGUUAGGUGAAAUGUCUCAUCUAAUGACCCCUUCCUUUCCUUGCUCUCCCCAAUGAAUUAUUAAAUGAAUGUGGGGGUCUUUAAGUGGAGUGGGGUUCCUCCUGGAUGGGGGAAGCCUUUGGAGGCCUAGCACAGACCCAGGCCCACCUUGGCCCUCCCAAGGCCUCCCUUGCUCCACUUCCCAUGCCUUUUCUCAUUCCCACUGAGUCCUCCCAGGCCAUACGGCCUGACCCCCCCCCAAAAAAAAAAUACCCCAGACCAAAUACUUUUCUCCUCACUUACCUUUUGAAGACCUAUGAGGCCUUCCAGAGGACUGAAAUGGCUACCUUCUUUGCAUGGCCACCUGGUUGCGAAAGCUGUUGUCAUUUCCUCCUACCUCCAAAGUGGCAGUCGUAUUUGGGUCGCCCCUGCAGGGCCCGGGGAAACAAGCUGCUGCUUUUUGCCCCUUUAACUAGGUCUAUGCAGUGCCAGAGAAGCUUUCUGUCGCAUUCAGAAGCUUCUGCGCCGGCAGACCUCUCUUUAAGGCAACGAAAUGAAGCGAUUUGUCUGGCAGCUGCCAUUUUGUCUCCCCCCACAAAUGGGUGAAGACAAAAUGGCAGCCAUAUUUGGGGCACCACUACAUGGCCCAAAGACAAACUGCUUUGUUGUGCCGCCUUAAGAAGGUCUGCUGUAAAAAGAAGCAGUUUGUCUGGUGGCUGCCAUUUUGACCCCGGCCACAAUUUGGAUCACUGCCAUGCGGUCGGUUGUGUCUUCCUUUCACAAUGUGAGCUCUGGAGAGGUUCAGAAGAUUAGUGUGGGUCAUGUAAGUCCAAGCACUGUGGGGUGGGAUGGGAGGACAGAGAGAUGGAAGGAUGCUGGAGGGCCCCUGUGGUGGGUCAUUCAAGGUGAAUUAUUGCAGGGCUGCUAUUACUACUAUUAACAUUUGUGUUGACAGCACCAAAGCACAGGGCUGCUGCGACCCUUGUAACUUUGACAUGGGGUCAUGUGUAGCCUUUUGGAGGCGCGGGGGGGGGCGCUGUGGUAACUUUGAAAAUGUAUUAAAUGAAUGUUCUUUUAAUUGGACUCAGCAAUUGGAUCCUUACUGUAUUUUACUUAUGUCUUUUAGGUUUUGCGUAGUUUUUAUUUUUUUUUAAAGUUGGUAAGCCACCCAAAGCUAAGACGGGGCGGCCGAUAAAAUUUACAAACAGACAAGUAAAUGGCCUGUCGUACCUUGAGGACUACCUAUAUUUUGUAGCUUUCUUUGCAAAUUCAUAUUAAAUGACAUAAUAAGCACAUAUAAUAAGCACGUUUGCCCGAGGGAAUUUUCUGACCAAGCCCCACAAUACAACGUGAUAUACUGGUAAAUUUGGGUUAGAAUCUGAUUUCUCAAUUCAAAUCAGCUGGCCUCAGAAAUGACACACUGUAAAAUAGUGAGUGAUGGAGAAAUCAACAAAAUGGAAUAAGGGCAACAGUCAUUGCCAUUAAACAAGAGGUAUCCAACCUUGGUAAUUUUAAGACUUGUGGACUUCAAUUCCCAGAAUUUCCCAGCCAGCAUGGCUGGCUGGGGAAUUCUGGGAGUUGAAGUCCACAGUUCUUAAAGUUGCUACAUUAAAUAGAUGUACACUAUUCAUGUUUUCAGGUGCCCCUUUUCCUCUUUGAAAGGAGGGUUUUUUUUUUAAAAGAGCAAGAGAAUUCAUUAUCAAAUAACAGCAGAGUUUUCAGAUGCUUAUUAGAAUGGGGAGAAGUUUAGAAGAGUUUCCAGCAACCAGAACCAAGAAAGUAUUUGGGAACAAAAAAUGCUUGAAAGCAGCAACUCCCCCAGAGUGAACUUUACAAGUUUUGGUAUGUGUCAGUUUGGAUGUAAAUGCUUAAUGUUGAAUGUUAAUGCUCAAAUGUUAAGAAGUUAAAGUUUGUAGCUGUUGUUCGUGUCUGUCCUUUCCACACUUUUAGAAUAAUUGUACUAAAUAGUACUGUAGUUAUUGACAAGAAGUCAAAAGAAUCCUUUCAAAUGAUACCAGUACACGUCAAGCAAGUUUGUGCUUCAUGCCUGCCUAACAAAUUGCACAUGUCAUAGAUUAUGUUUUAAAGAAUUCGUGUAUCAGUGUGUUGCUUGCUGCUAGAUCUCCCUACAUAUCACAUCAUGAAAUUUGUAUAGUAAUGGCUUGGUCCUAUGUUAACAGAAACAACUUUGGAGAGUGGCUUUGCUAGAAAAUUCUGUAAAUCUUUUUUUCUGAAAGAUUGUUGAUUAUUUUGUUUUUUUAUUAUUGGUCUAAGCUUUUGCUAAAGAAACGGCCGUGUCUAGAAACUGUCUUGUGUUGCCAAAUCCACCUUGGUUGAAAUGUUCUAACUCCCGUUUUAUAUCUUCUGGUCUGAAUCUCUGGAAAUCCAUUUGUUUUGUUUGUUAUCAUCUUCGAGCCAAUUCCUGUUUCUAUUAGAUAGUCAUUAUAUGGUGGUGUGUACAUCUCGGAAAUAUAAAUAAUAGCAUGUCUGUAAUCAUUCCUGCAUAGGUUUAAACUUUACACAUAUUAAUAUGUAUUUAUUUUGAGAAAAUGGAAAAAUCCCAUCCCUUAAAAAAAAGUUCUGCAUAUCUAUUGGUUGAAACCUAAACUGCUUUAAUAGCCUGCCAUCUAGUGUUUGCUGGGCACUUCUGCAAUUUAAUGAAUUAAGAAUUGUUUAACUGUUGUUACUUUAAUUCAGCAGCUUUGAAUACUUCAGGUGACUAUUAUUAUUAUUUUUUGCAGUGAAUAUAACUGUAACUGGUACAAAUGUAAUGGUUUCUGUUCUUAAUCAGUAACCCAGAAAAAAAAAAAUCUUCACUGGUCACCAUGAUCAAAAAAUGGCAAUUUACCACAGUUGUGUUUUUAUCCUCUUUCUGCCCCUACAAUAAUCUUGUUCAGUAGGGAGAGAUUCAGUGUUCAAACAGUGGAGGCCUAAUUUUUUGUAUCUGUCUAGCCAUGGGCUCAUCUUGGGCCACAUAAGAUUUUGCUGGAGUUGCUGUAUUGUGUGCCUUUUCUCUUUUCCAUUGAUGAUACUUAGUUCUGUAAGACAAAAGUCUUGCUAGCGAGUUUUUUCCAAAUCUUAUAUUGUGGAUGCAGAUUUCUCUUGAUAUGCUAUUUCAGUUUCUUCAGUGGUUGUGUCAGCUAUUGAUGUUUGUAGACAAAUUAUAGUUCUUCCUUAGUCUUUUAUAGCAAAGUGUCAAUAGAGUACAGUUUUGGUGUUUUCACAUUCCUGCCUUAUCUUAUUUUGGCACAUAACUCUUCUGUGCAUUUUAUGACUGAGAAAGUCACAGGGAAGGCAACUUGUUUGAUUCAUGGAGACAGGUAAAAAAUAUCACACCAUCUUUUCAAAGGGCAGGUGUAUUUUAAGGCACACUUACCUUUAUUCCACAAACCUGCCCGUAUUUUUCUUCUGCAGCCCACUUCUUUUUUAAAAUACCAGUGAAUUUUUUUAAUGGACUACAGAAAUUGUAUCCUCCAUUUUCAUUUGGAAGACUAAUUCCUAUAUUUGAUACAGUUUAAAGGAAGAGUGGGGUGUUAUCCUUGAAAAAAGAUAGGAAAACAGCCCAUUUUACAUGUUUAUUCCCAAUGGGGUUAUAUUAGAUGAUAUAUGAACAUCUAUGGCUGGACUGUACGCUUGAGGUUGUGUCUCUUGAACAUUACAGGAAAAUUUUAGGUUCUCUACAGAAAUUUAAUCCAGGUUGAAGAUGCCAUUCUUAUUCCUGUGUCUUUUUUUCCAACACUGUAAGAAGGUUACAUCAUGGAUGAAAAAAACAUGGAUUUUUCAGUAUGUAUAUACUGGUGUUGCCCAUUAUUCUUGUGUAACUGUGCUUUCUUGUUUUAUGCCUGUUAAUUGCAUAUAACACAGAAAGAGAACACGCAUCCUUAAGUAUUGUACAGGAUAUCCCAGACUCACCUUGUCGGAAUGGAAAUGUUAGUGUAGCUUAUGUGUGCAGUGAUAGAGCAAGAAAUGCAGAAAGGCCUCCCUUGGGAACAUAACUUAAAUCUCACAGUCGGUCUUAUGAAAUCAAUUUAGAUCAAAAGAUAAAACAGCCCUCCCUAGCAAGUUGCCUUGGUCUUUAAACUCCCAGAAUUCCUUUCCAACAUUCCCAGAGGUACCCUGAAUAGAAAUUUCACCCAGCAUGUAAACUGACCAUAAAAGUUAGAACUGCAGUGCCUAGCAGAAAUCUACCUGGAACAAGUAUUUCUGUUUUAUUUUCAGAAAAUUGGGGAUGGGGCUUUCUAACUUAAGUCAGGUUUAGAUAUGCUGUAUUAACUGCCAACCUUUUCUUCUAAACCAUUGCAUGUCACAAUGAAGGCAAUGACUGUAGUUUCCGUUGUGGUUCCCCCCCACCCUACUUACUGUAUUUGAAUGUACUUUACCUGUGUGGAAAGUCUUGUACAUUGCUGAAUUGAUUGUAAAUGCCAAUUACACUUACUGAUAAUGGAAAGUACUGUUACAAAGAAAGUGCAUGCCUGUACAGCUUGACUGAGAUUUUGUCAUCUUCACUCCCACGUGUUCCUAUUUGAUCUCAAAGUGGAUAUAUUUUGCCUAAUUUAUCAUUUCUUUCACACUAGGUUAUAUGGUAGCCGUGCAGCUUUCGCAUGAAACUUUUACAUGAAAUUAACACAACGGUUUUGUGUUAGUUUUUAAGGUAUUGAAAGUGGGAUGCAUCAUGCUCUUUGUCUUUUUUUUAAAUAAAGCAAAUUUUCAGAAUGUUUUAAUACAUUUAUGAACAUAGUUUUACUAGUUGUGCAGUAUUCUGUAUUUUACUUGAAAUAAAUCAUUUUAUAUGCAAUUUGUUAGUAUGAUUAGUUUUACAAAUAAAAUGGAGUGACACUU